UAUAGUUUUUUCACCAGGACAAUAUGCAUACACCAGGAUGUCCAGGCAAUGAGGUAUAUAAAGGAACUUCUUGACAUGAAAUCUGCCAGAUGAGCUGGAAAGUACACACACUAGGCCAAGAACAAGUGUGACUUGAGUUGUCUGGGACAGGGACAGGAAGGAGUACAAAAGAAGGAAACAGGCAAAGAGCGAAGCCCAUAGUUGGCCGAGGGUGCAGAAGUGUCAUAUAUGACCGCUCUUCAGGGACCCCAGGCUCCAGCCCACACCCCAGCCGCUCACUCAGCCGCCUCCUCCCCGAAUUGGCUAUUAUUUCUCUGGAACACCUAAGCCUGACCCCACUCCCUGGCCCUCCCAGCCCACGGUUCCUCUGACCCCGCUCCCUUUCCCAGAACUCAGUCACCUGAGCCCCCAGCCUGUGGUUCCCUCCUAGGCCUCAGCCUUUCCUGCCUUCAUCUGAACUGGCACCAUCUUCUAAGCCCUGGGGGCUUCCCCGGGCCCCAGCCCCGACCUAGAACCCGCCCGCUGCCUGCCGCUGCCGCUGCCGCUGCCGCUUCCUCUAUAAAGGGACCCAGGCGUCCGGGCCCAGAGGCCCCGCACAGCAGGUUCACUCCCCAUGACACCACCUGGACGUCUCUACCUCCCGAGGGUGCAUGGCACCCCCCUCCACCUCCUCCUUCUGGUUCUGCUGCUGGCCCUGCUGCCUGCGACCCAGGAGCUCCCUGGUGUUGGCCUCGCACCUCCAGCUGCCCAGACUGCCCAUCAGCACCCCCAGAAGCACUUCACCCACAGCACCCUCAAACCUGCUGCUCACCUCAUUGGAGACCCCAGCAAGCAAGACUCACUACGCUGGAGAGCAAACACGGACCGCGCCUUCCUGCAGCAUGGCUUCUCUCUGAGCAACAACUCCCUCCUGGUCCCUGCCAGUGGUAUCUACUUCGUCUACUCCCAGGUGGUCUUCUCAGGGCAAGCCUGCCCCCCUGAGGCCACCCCCACCCCUCUCUACCUGGCCCAUGAAGUCCAGCUCUUCUCCUCCCAGUACCCCUUCCACGUGCCUCUCCUCAGCGCCCAGAAGACCGUGUGCCCAGGGCCGCAGGGACCUUGGCUGCACUCCAUGUACCACGGGGCGGCGUUCCUGCUCACCCAGGGAGACCAGCUGUCCACUCACACAGACGGCAUCCCCCACCUACUCCUCAGUCCUAGUAGCGUCUUCUUUGGAGCCUUUGCUUUGUAGAACUUGGAAAAAUCCAGAAAGAAAAAAUAUUUGGUUUCAAGGCCUUCUCCUGGUUUCGCCUCCACUCUGACUGUUUCAGGUCACCGCACCUCUCUUUUGACCAGUCCAACAGUCUCAAGUCUCCCCACUCAAGCCACCUGGAGCUUCCAAAGAAGGAAUUCUAGGCACCCCAGGGAGCUGCACCUCUCUGAGCCACCCCCGAUGUUCAGCUGAGGAUUUCGAGCCCACCUAGAAAUUCCCAGCCCAGACUGUGUCCCGCCGGUGAGGCGGGGCCUGGCCCGGACACGGACACGGAGGGGGAGCAGCCCAUGGGGCAGCUUGGGGGCUAUUUAUGACGGGAAACUAAAUUAUUUAUUUAUGGAGAAUGGAGAGAGGGGAAUAAUAGAAGGACAUCAAAAGAGAGAGAGAAACAGGCCCGAGAGAUGAAGAGGAGAGGGCAGCGCACAAGGCUGACCGAGAGGGGAAGCAGGAGUGAGGGCCCGCCGGGCUUGGAGGCCCGAACGCCAGCCGCGUGGCCAGACACCCCACACGGAGGCAUCCGCACCUCGA